UAACUUUAAAAAAAAAAAAACAUCAACACAAAAACCCUAAAUAAACUCUUCACUGCAGUUCACUUAACUUCAUUUGGAUCAAUGGCAUCUCCAAUGUUGAUUUUCACGCGAACCAAAACCCUUCUUCCUAAAACGCUAAACCCAAUUCUCAAUCUUAAAUCUAUCUCCAUUUCUACCUUCACUUUCCUUUCCCAAGAAACCCAACUCGCUGAGUCCAAUCAAACAUCUCCUCUCCCGCCAAACCCUGCCACUGGUAGCCCACUUUACAACGAAAACUGGCGUAAACCGGCUACCACCUCCGCCUUCCUGACUCAGUCCUUGAUCCCUCUAGGUCUCCAGAACACGUCCGCCCCUCGCAUUCAGGCAUUAUCACAACCACUAGAUGUGCAGGCUUUAAUGAAUGUUUUUGCUGACUGGAUGACAAGUCAAAGAUGGUCAGAUAUGAAGCAGAUGUUUGAGUUUUGGAUUCGGAGUUUAGACAGAAAUGGGAAGCCGAAUAAGCCUGAUGUUAAUCUCUAUAAUCAUUAUUUGAGGGCUAAUUUAAUGAUGGGUGCUAGUGCUGCUGAGUUGCUUGAUUUAGUGGCCCAGAUGGAGAAUUUUGCUAUCCUGCCUAUCACGGCGUCGUUUAAUUUGGUCUUGAAAGCUAUGCACCAGGCUAGAGAGACUGAGGCUGCUGAGAAGUUGCUCCAACGGAUGCUGCAAACUGGGAAAGAAUCUCUGCCUGAUGAUGAGUCAUAUGACUUAGUUAUUGGCAUGCUAUUUUUAACAGGCCAAAUUGAUGCUGCUUUGAAAUACUUAGAUAUGGCCUUGAAAUCUGGUUAUAUGUUGUCUAUGAAAGUGUUUACUGAAUGUGUCCAAAGUUGUGUUAACGAGGGCAGGCUGGAUGUACUGGUAUCCAUUAUUGAGAAGUGCAAGACAAUGGAUCAAAACAAAGCACUCUGUCCAACCUGGAUCAUGUGUAAUUAUAUUGCGGAAGUUGCAGUUCAAGAAGAUAAUAGCAGGUUAGCAUUUUAUGCCUUGGAGUUUAUGGCCAAGUGGAUAGCUCAGGGUGACAAUGCAAGGCCCCCUGUUCUGCUUUCUGUAGAUGAAGGAUUGGUUGUGUUAGUGCUUGGAACUGCUGGAAGGACCUACAGUCAAACACUUUUGGAUGCAUCAUGGGCUAUCCUACGUCGCUCUUUGCGUCAAAAGAAGGCCCCCAACCCUGAGUCUUAUCUUGUAAAAAUAUAUGCUCAUGCGUCACUGGGCGAUCUUCAAAGGGCUUUUAGUACCUUGCAUGAUUUUGAGACAGCCUAUGGAAAUUCCAACAAAUAUGUAGAGGAAGAACUUUUCUCACCAUUUACAUCUUUAAAUCCUUUGGUCAUUGCCUGCUCCAAGAAGGGUUUUGAGACAUUAGACUCGGUGUAUUUUCAACUUGAGCAAUUGAGCAAUGCAGAUCCUCCUUAUAAAUCGGUUGCUGCUCUAAAUUGUAUAAUUUUAGGUUGUGCUAAUGUUUGGGAUCUUGAUCGUGCCUACCAAACUUUUGAGGCAAUUGGUUCUUCUUUUGGGUUGACUCCAGAUAUUCAUUCAUACAAUGCUUUAAUGUAUGCAUUUGGAAAGCUCAAGAAGACCUUUGAAGCUUCAAGAGUGUUUGAGCACUUAGUAAGUUUGGGCGUUAAACCCAAUGCAAUGUCAUAUUCUUUGCUUGCUGAUGCCCAUCUAAUCAACCGAGAUCAGAAAGCUGCUCUCUCUGUAAUUGAUGACAUGCUAACUGCUGGAUUUUCACCCUCCAAAGAAACUCUAAAAAAGGUCAGAAGGCGAUGCUUACGAGAAAUGGACUAUGAAACUGAUGACAAGGUUGACGCCCUGGCUAAAAAGUUUGAGAUACGUAUGGGCUCAGAGAAUCGUAGGAACACACUGUUUAAUCUCCGGUACAGCACUGAUUAUGCCUGAAGAGUUGGCUUUUUAUUUCUAGUAGGCUUGAAAAUCUCAAUGAAGAUGAUGAUGGUGAUACGAUUCAACAAGUUAUGUUCUACAAAUUUAUUUUUUUGUGAUACUUCAUCUUUUUUUUUUUUAAUUUGUAAAUUAUCUGAUUGUUAUCAAUUUUGAGUCCUGGAACAAAUUAAUGCCAGGAUCAUAGCUUUCCAACAGCUAUAUUUAUAAUUUCACCUGUUCACUUCUCUAUUCUUUUUGUGCUUUAUGAGGAACAUUUGCAAGGUGGUGAAAUGCCAAUCCAAUAUUCCAAUGUUGACCAA